AUGGCACCAUAUUCAACGGCCUAUAGCUUCGAACAACAUCCAAUGGAGACGAGUUUGCACAGCGCUGAGGAUUUCGAACAAAUUGACAUUUCAUUCGGCCAUUCCACUAUAUUUUGUGUUUAUUUCGUUAUUAUGGCAGACUUCACGGUUCAUGAUUUUCCUGGUAGGAUUUCAUUGAAAUCUGUCCUAGCCUUGAAAAAAGUAUCUGAUAGGUUUGAAGCGCUGGGUCUUAUGGAGAGGGCUCUAAAUUCUCAAUUUCAGUAUUUAUUGAGAGGAGUCCCAGACUUGUUGUUCUCAGGGACCAUUUUACAUCAGUUGCUGGUUCGGAAGGUGAAGGCCAAUUUGAAUAGGAUGAUUUUCAACUUCAAUGGGGAGGAAUAUACCUUUGGUCUGAAAGAGUACGCAUUGAUUACAGGCCUCAACUUCGACAGAUUGCCUGAAUACAAAGAUGAAUGCCGAGCACUACAAGUGUGGAGCUAUGAGAUCAUUCAAAACUUGGUCCCUAAAUUCGCCACAAGGAAAGACGUUGAUGGCCCUUUUCGCCCAAGGAUACUGUUGUAUCAAUCGAAAAGGAAGAAUACAUUUCAGGAGAUGCAAUCUGCCUUUAACAGCGCUGUGUUUUCUAAGAUGCAAGAGUCCUCCGAGGAGACGAGUUUGUACAGUGGGGAGGAUUUUGAACACAUUAACAAUUCAUACGAUGAUUUCAAAGCAGCCAUCAAGCGUCGUAGCCUGCGUAACAUGACUCCCCCAUCCGCAACUUCAACACCUCCAUCAUCACCUCCACGUGAACCUGCACCGGCAUCUCAUGUUCAGAUAAAGGAUGCCGAAGUGAUAAAGAAGGAUGUCGAAGAGAUAAAGAAAGAUGUUGAAGAAAUCAAGAGAGACAUAAGAGACAUCAAAUUGAAUCAACAAAACUACUUUACGAGGAUUGAAAAGAUGAUUCUCAGUUUAAGCAACCAGUUCGCCAGCCAUGUCUCCAACCAGCAGGAGCAGAAUGACAUCGGUCUGAAUGACAAUCGUGACAAUGCAGAGGAAGAAAAGCAGAAUCAUAUUCAAGAGGAGCAAAAGGAGAAAGAGAAGGUUAAUAAUGUUGAAUUGGAGCAAGACAAUGUUGAAUUACCAGGGGAGAAAGAGGAUGUUGAGGCUGUUCAACCAAUGUCGAAUGUUGAAUUGGAGCAAGACAAUGUUGAAUUACCAGGGGAGAAAGAGGAUGUUGAGGCUGUUCAACCAAUGUCGAAUGUUGAAUUGGAGCAAGACAAUGUUGAAUUACCAGGGGAGAAAGAGGCCGUUGUCGAGAAAGAGGUUGGGAAGAAGAAAGACGAAAAUGACGAAGAUGAACUGGAAAUAGUGAAUACUCCUCCUCCUCUUUCUAAGAAAGUCAUACUGGUCACGCGAAGGAAUAGGAGGCCGAAGAAUGAUCCAGAUUUCACCGACCCCAAUCUGAAACAGCCCAAGUUGAAAGAUCCUAUCACCGUCAAUCCACUUCUAAAAUAUGACGAUCAACUUCUUCAUCAAUUGCAAACAUGGCUUAAAGAUCCAAACACUGACAACAACAAAAUUGAGCUCCAUACUAUAUUAGGUGAUAAGGCAUUAUUUCGCAGAGUGCUAAAAAGGUUCACCUGGCUGACUGAUAAAGAAAUCGAUGCAGGUUGCUUCAUUCUGAGAAGAAGAGCUUGGGUAUAUCCAAAGACAUAUAAGAAGAACUUCUUUAUUGGAGAUUGUUGGCUCCACACCAGGUUCACUGCUGACUACGCUGCGUUUAACAAAAGUCGUAUUGAGUUUGACAUUGAAAACUUUUUCGAAUACUUCUUCGGCGAUGACAGCAACUAUAGGAAUAGUUGGAAAGUAUGCGAUGAUAUAUAUAUUCCUUUGAACAUCAAAGACGUCCACUGGGUACUUUGUGUUGUCCGUCUACAGCAAUGGCGCGUAGACGUAUAUGACUGCGAUCCUGGAUGUUAUGCUAAUCUUGAUGAGUUUGUGCUGCCGAUGUGCCAAAUGAUUCCGGUUAUAUUUGACAAGGCAUUGCCUCUUGAAGAUAAACAACGAUUUCCAAUGCUCAACCCUGAUUCCGUUUUGCCAUACACAAGACGUCCAGAGUCUGAAGUUCCCAAAGCAACAAAGAGUGGAGAUUGUGGUGUAUUUGUACUUAUGUAUAUUGAGUACUUGACUGCAGGUCUGAAUCUAUCAGAAGUGACCUCAAAUGAGAUGAAAGCUUGGAGAGAAAAGUGGGCAGUGAGGUUAUUUCAUGGUAUUGUAGAUCCAUAG